AAGUGUCGAUGACGUAGUUCCUCUACGUUUCGGCUCCGGGUGAACGACACCUUAACAACCCGAGCCUCACGACGAAAAACGUCAACAUCUCGGCGUCUGUGCUAACUUCUCCACCAGCGACAAAUUCAUCGAAAACCUUUACACUCGCAGUAAAAGAUGCCUCAGAACGAGCACAUUGAGCUGCACCGCAAGCGGCAUGGCUACCGCCUGGACCACCACGAGAGGAAGAGGAAGAAGGAGAGCCGCGAAGCCCACGAGAGGUCACACAAAGCCAAGAAGAUGAUCGGCCUCAAGGCCAAACUGUACCACAAGCAGAGGCACGCCGAGAAGAUCCAGAUGAAGAAGACCCUCAAAAUGCACGAGCAGAGGAACACCAAGCAGAAGAACGACGAGAAGACACCGCAGGGCGCCGUGCCGGCCUACCUGCUGGACCGAGAGGGUCAGUCCAGAGCCAAAGUUCUCUCCAACAUGAUCAAACAGAAGAGGAAAGAGAAGGCGGGCAAAUGGGAAGUGCCGCUACCAAAGGUGCGAGCGCAAGGAGAGACGGAAGUGCUCAAAGUCAUCCGGACGGGAAAAAGACAGAAGAAGGCUUGGAAGAGAAUGGUAACCAAAGUCUGCUUUGUGGGCGACGGCUUCACCCGGAAACCUCCCAAAUACGAACGCUUCAUCCGACCCAUGGGCCUGCGCUUCAAGAAGGCUCACGUCACGCACCCCGAGCUAAAGGCUACCUUCUGCCUUCCCAUCCUGGGAGUGAAGAAGAACCCCUCCUCCCCCCUCUACACCUCACUGGGGGUCAUCACCAAAGGAACAGUGAUCGAGGUCAACGUCAGCGAGUUGGGCUUGGUCACGCAAGGAGGAAAAGUAGUGUGGGGUAAAUACGCUCAGGUGACGAAUAACCCCGAGAACGACGGCUGCAUUAACGCAGUGCUGCUUGUUUAAAAGACUCUUUAAAGGACAAAAGACUGAGCCCGAUGAAGCAACAACACAUGAGGACAUCUGGCAAUAUUCAACAGACGGACACAGAGAGGGAAGCUGUUUUAUACGAAUAAAGUUAAACACGUGAGUAAAAGAAGAAAA